UGUGAUCUGCGCGCUGCGUGUAUGGAGGAAGCAGCUGCUGAUCUGAUCUCUGACACUGUGUGAGACAGACAUCUGAAUAAACUGCGCACAGACGUGUCUUUAAACAUACCGCACCGAGGCACGCCGUGCAUGAUUACCUCUUUGAUUUAAUGGGUCCAAUCAUUGGGAUGUCACCAGAUAAGAAAACGGAAAUUCCGGGUAUGCAAGAGGAACGGACAGGGCUCAGAGGUGUUUGUGGCAUGGGAACACUGCCUGAGGCAGAGUGUGCGUCCAGUCCGCUGGCCACCAGCGUGGAUCGUACUGGAGGCAACGAGGAUGAGGAGCUCACCAACCUCAACUGGCUGCACGAGAACCUUCUUCAGAACUUCACUCUUGGAGGUCCGGAAGCUCAACCCAGCGGCAGUCCCCUCUUUGACAUAGAGGGAGACUACGGGUCCAACCAGGGCCCCUCGUCGUCCUCAUCUUCACACGGCCGGGGCAGGGAGCGGGACUCGUUGAAGUCGAAGCCCCCUUUCUCAUUUUCUCUCCUCAUCUACAUGGCCAUUGAGCAGUCUCCCAGCAAAUCUUUGCCUGUUAAAGAAAUCUAUGGCUGGAUUCUCGAGCACUUCCCUUAUUUCUCCAACGCUCCCACUGGCUGGAAGAACUCAGUUCGUCACAACUUGUCCCUGAACAAAUGCUUCCGCAAGGUCGAGAGGAGUUUGGGAAAGGCCAAUGGAAAAGGUUCUCUCUGGUGUGUUGACCCCGAGUACCGCCCCAACCUGAUCCAAGCCCUUAAGAAGCAGCACUUCCCAACCGCACAUGCCUUCUGCACACCACCCGCCUCCCCACCCAGUGCCUCCUCACCCCCUCGCCAUCUCUUUCUACAAGGCUGCUCAUUCAAAGAGUCUGACAUUGAUGCUGCCACUGCCAUGAUGCUCUUAAACUCUGCCCCCGGGCACCACGUUGACCCAUGCAAUUCUGAUGGCCCAUUGGACCUCUCCCGACCCGACUCUGUCCUGGUGAGCAGCGAUCCAAAGCAGGACCACAACUACAGCAGCGUAGCCCUGCAGCGCUGCUCCUCCCGUUCCUCCUCCUCGUCUCUCUCCUCCCUGGACGAAGGAGGCUGCGACCGCAGGCAGUCCCACCGCGCCGGCAGCGAGGGCUUCCACAGCGACGAGGACUCCGACCUCUGGGACGAGAGGGGCGUCCACCAGACUUCACGACGUCCGCCCGCCAUCAAGUGGCCCGCCGGUAAGAGGGCACGACGUGAGGCCAAGCCAGAGCUGGACGAGGAGCUGAAGGAGGCCGCCGGCUCCUUGCUGCACCUCGCUGGUAUACGCAACUGCACGGAGGGCUCCAAACGCACUGUCAAGAGCACAAAACUUAACAGGAAAUGAAGAUUAUUUUUGCCCCUCCAUCAGACUCCGGACCCUGUGAACCCUAACCUCUGACCCCUGAUCGUGUGUCCCAGUGUGCCUCCUUCUCCUUAUCUGAUCGUUCAUUGGCCAUUUUGAGCCUUUUUUUUGUUUGGGAAUAUCCCUGUCCAACAAAACAAAUGGCAAUAGCAUCGUUCACACAGGAGAACAAAGCCAUAUAGAGACUUUUGUAACUCGGGGGGUGACUGCUGGGGUUGGGUGUUUGGGCUAUGGAGAACCAUCAAGAAACCUAUCCAAAAUGACCUGCCUGCUUCUGUUGGAUUAGAAGAUUGUGAUUCAAGAAUUUUUCUCUGAAAGACAAAACGGGAAAAGCUGAAGGUUUUAUAACUCAAAGCGUUGCAUGCUUCCUCCUCAAACCUGUAUCCUCUUCCAAGUGAAUCUAUUUAUGAAGCGAAUGAGUGCAUGUUUGUAACAGACAAAAACCUAACCUCCUGGUGUUAUCAGUUUCUCCUUUUUGUGCUAAAGAAAAAAAAUGCCACUGUUUUGAAAGGAACUCUUGCUCCAUGAAUCCUCUUGUAAGAGAGAUGCAAUAAUUAAUCCACAACCUUAACUUUUUUUUUAUUUUUUAUUUUUUACCUUAUUUCAUGGUGGCAUUUUUUUCAGAGUUGAGUAUGCUAGUUAAACUUUACAAUUAAGAGAAUGAAUGGAGUAGUACUAUGACCUUGUUAUGCGAUAAACUUAUUACACAGGAGCUUUGGCUCUAUUUCAGGAUUAGCAAGAUGUGGAAAUAGUAUUACUCUGCCACUGCCAAAUUUAGUUGCAAAGUUAGCUAUUCUACUUCGCUCAGUUUUGUGCGGCCAUUACAGUGCUAUACAAAUGAAAGCUUUUUUUGUUGUUGUUGCAAAUCCACUGCUCAUCCUGUCGAUCCCUUUCAUUCAUCAAUGUGUUUUUGACAUUUAUGUGCAAACAUAUAUUCACGUUUGGUGACAGCCUAUGCAAAGUGAACAUCUGCCAGGUGUUGCCAGAUGUUCACUGUGUGUUCAUAGGUUAUUCUCCAUAGGUUGAUUUUUAUUUUUAUGUGUGCGUGUGUGUGUGUGUAUCAUAGUGCAUGUUGGCUUUCAGCCUAAACCCGUCAUGACAGAAAAGAGUUUGACAUGGUCAAACACUUUUCCUCUGCUGACAAAGUCAUACUGCUCCAAUGAAUGUGAUUGGUGUAAUGACAGAUCUCCCUGCUCCAUCUGUAUCAUAGGGCUGCUUGGUACUCUGCUCGCUUCUGGUCCUUUUCAAUGCAGAGCUGGUUAGCAGUCAAAAACAGGAGCGGACACUAAUUUCCAUGCUCCACUAUUUGGGUUAGCAGUUUGAGUAUACCUCUGUGUGUUUUCGCAUUUUUUUUAAACCAUGUACUUUAAAAAAAUCACAAUUAUCCAGCUAAUUAUCUGAUUCUGUGGCAAAGUUGAUUCACAACUUGAGAAUGGAGAGUGUUCUUGUUCAAAUAAAUGAAAGGUGCAGCUCAUAGUAUAAAGAACAAGAAGGGGACAGUAUAGUCGUGGCCAGAGAGAACUGGACUUUGUAUGUGCAGUCGCUCGCAGGCGAGAUGUUGAAGACCUGUGCUGCUCUCAUGUUGUGCCCUCAGUUCUGGCUGGCCGCUAGUGUUUCGUCCUCGCUCUUCCUCUUAAAAACAAAAUAAGGAAGUGCACGCUCUCUUCUCAAGCUGUGAAAUGGAGGGUUUAUUGUCAGUUGAUUGCAUGCAGUUCACUGAGAGGAAGUUGCGAGCCACUUGUGUAAAAAGGCCACAAUUCUCAUUUGAGCUUUUUUAAAAAUGCUGCAUACUUGCAGCGUAAAAUACAAGGUAGCAUGGAAGCUCACAAACUUUAUUAUUUCUUCCCACAGUGCUAGAUCACAUUGUCACAGUGACUUAGUAUAGCAUGCAUGGUCAGUGCCAAACAUGUUCUUGUGCCACUGAUGUAAAAAGGGCCAUGGUCACUAUAUUCCCCCCGCUGCCACAAUGUAGUUGUGAUUAAGAGUAACAAUGCCCUAGUUUUCUGAAUCAUCCGAGCAGGAAAUGGGAGAGGACUCUAGUCAGGACAGUGACUUAACCAAUCCUUUGGUUUAUUUUUGUCGCUUUAGAGUGGGAACUGCUCUUAGCAGAGUAAGCUGCAGUUCUCAGAAGUAAUACUUGCAUACACUGGUCUUGUUUAGCUGUGAAUAAAAGAACAAAUUAUUGUUCAUUAAUCAUCACCUUAUUUAUGACAUUAAUUUAUGGGAUUAUUGAAUGCAUACUCUAUCAAACACUGGUCAUUAAAAUGAGUGACUAGGCACAUUUAUUUUUUUCCCUCUGUGAACUACUUUUAAUAAGUAUUUUGUUUUUCUCCUUGUUUUAAUUUACAGCAAUACACCUUUUUUCUUCACUAUCUUAUAGUGAUUAAGUAUUUUGCCAAUGUCUAUUGUCUUUAGAGCGGGUGUUUUUUUGUUUUGUUUAUUGUUGGGUUUUUUUCAAUUUAACCAUGACUGCCAGGUUUUCUUGAUGUUUUGUUUUGCUCUUUUGUUAGGCUGGAUAGUUUAUUAACAUUUAUCCUGAAACCUUUUGUUGCCAAAAUUAAUGUACAGCUGGGGUCUUAAAUUUAAGAUGGACACAUUCCCCAUGUACUGUAGAAGUUCCUUAAAGAUGAUUGAAUCAUUUUUACAUUUGUCUCAUGUUCAUGUUUAGAUAUUAUGACUACGUAGUCACAAAUUGAAGAUUAGUUCUCGAUCUCAUUGCAGAUUAGAAUCUGUAAAAAUUAAAAAGAUGACUGCCACUCAUAACUCAUGCUUCCAUGUGUUGUUAUGGGAUGUUGACAUGUUUAGAAUAUCAGACUCACUCAGUCCCCAGGCUGCUGCUGUUUAGUUUCAGACCUACAUUUAGCGACAACUGCAGAGAAAUAUGGAGAGAGUUGUUAGAAAAGCUCACUCAUUCUUUCUGUAGCACAAAAGAAACGUCAUGUUGGUCUCAAAGUGACACCAAGUCAGACCUGUAGAUGAGCUACUGAAAUAUUUUGGGGUACAACUCAAAACCCAGUUGCUUCGUUGCUCAACAGCUGUUAUUGAAAAUUAUGUGAUUCUCAAAAUUCUGUUGCAGUUCCUAAAGGGUAUGAUGAACAUUUUGCUGCCAACCCAGUAUCAGUUUGUGUCAGUUGUCUGCCAUGUCUAUUGGACCGACACACCUUUUGGUUUUUGUAUGCUAACCUCUGUUGAUAAAAUGUUUAUAAGAUUUAUUUUCGCCAAAGAUAUGCAAUUGCAUUAUAUAUGGUAUUACAAAAUAUUAAUAAAAACCUGUUCUUGUUA